GCGGGGAUAGGGCCGGGCUCCUCGCCCUUCCCCAGGCGCCUGCGCACUGGCCGCCGCUCCUGCCGUUACCGCUAUGUGUGGGGCGUGUGUGGAAUAACGUUAUCGCCCAGCGGAGCCGAGAGGCCGGGACCUCCAUCGCAGCCACAGCGACGACGACGACAGGGUGCGGGGAGGACGGCGUGCGGAGACUCCCGGGACGCGCCGCGCCCCGCCUUCCCCGACCGGCGCCUCUCUCCGCGGUGAGGGAAUGAAGGCAGGUAUUUCAAGUUAAACAGUAUAUGAUAGAUUCAAUGCUGAGCAAAUAUGAAAAUCUAUUAGAUGAUGUAGCUUUGCCAAAGACUUCGAAGCUAAGCAGAAAAUGAGCUUAACAUCCUGGUUUUUGGUGAGCAGUGGAGGCACUCGCCACAGGCUGCCACGAGAAAUGAUUUUUGUUGGGAGAGAAGACUGUGAGCUCAUGUUGCAGUCUCGUAGUGUGGACAAGCAGCACGCUGUCAUCAAUUACGAUGCCUCCGCAGAUGAGCAUCUGGUCAAAGACCUGGGCAGCCUAAACGGGACAUUUGUGAAUGAUGUAAGGAUUCCAGAACAGACUUAUAUCACCUUGAAACUUGAAGAUAAGCUGAGAUUUGGAUAUGAUACAAAUCUUUUCACUGUAGUACGAGGAGAGAUGAGGGUCCCUGAAGAAGCUCUAAAGCACGAGAAGUUUACCAUUCAGCUCCAAUUGUCCCAAAAAUCUUCAGAACCAGAAUCAUCCAAAUCUGCUUGUGCCAAAAGCGUGGAUUCGAAGGUGGCAGAUCCUCCACCAGAAGCUCAGCACAAAGCCACCGAGGCCCUGAAGGCCGAGGAGAAGGCCCUGGAUACUUCUGCCAUGCCCCGCGGUACUCCAUUAUAUGGGCAGCCUUCAUGGUGGGGCGAUGAUGAGGUGGAUGAAAAAAGAGCUUUCAAGUCAAAUGGCAAACCAGAAGAAAAAAAUCAUGAAACUGGAACCUCAGGGUGCAGCUUAGAUGCCAAGCAAGUGGAGGAACAGUCUGCAGCUGCAAAUGAAGAAGUACUUUUUCCUUUAUGUAGGGAACCGAGUUAUUUUGAAAUCCCUACAAAAGAGUUCCAGCAGCCGUCACAAAUCACAGAAAGCACAAUCCAUGAAAUCCCAACAAAAGACACACCGAGCUCCCACACCACAGGUGCAGGGCAUGCCUCCUUUACCAUUGAAUUUGAUGACAGUGCCCCAGGGAAGGUAACGAUUAGAGACCAUGUGACAAAAUUUACCUCUGAGCAGCGCCACAAGUCCAGGAAGUCGUCUUUGGGAACUCAAGACCUGCCGGGGAUCCAGACUGGAAUGAUGGCCCCAGAAAACAAAGUCGCCGACUGGCUAGCCCAGAACAACCCUCCUCAGAUGGUCUGGGAGAGAACCGAAGACGAUUCCAAAAGUAUUAAGAGUGAUGUGCCCGUUUACUUGAAAAGGUUGAAAGGAAAUAAGCACGAUGAUGGUACCCAGAGCGAUUCCGAAAACGCUGGGGCGCACAGGCGCUGUAGCAAACGGGCCACGCUGGAGGAGCACCUAAGGCGCCACCAUUCGGAACAGAAGAAGCUGCAGAAGGCCCUGGCCGCGGACAAGCACCAGGACCCGGCAGUCGUAAGUCCCACCGCCUGUAUGAUUGCAUUCUCUGAUGGAGACAGUCCCAGCAAGAGAAGGUCUUGUUCUCUCACUCAGAGUGCGGGAGUCUCAUGUGAGGACACGACUUACUCCGCGCCACUCGCAAAACUUGCAAAACCCCAAUCUCCAGCAGCAGAUGCCAAAGUGGUUUCUUUGUCUUUACAGACUAGCUCUGCGCACCGCAGAGGGGGGCAUGGUGUUCCACAUGGGAAAUUGUUAAAGCAGAAAUCAGAGGAGCCCGCCGUGCCUGUCCCCUUCCUACCAGCUGCCUUGUUAAGAAGUUCAGGGAGUCUUGGGCACAGACCGAGCCAGGAGAUGGAUAAAAUGUUAAAAAACCAAGCUCCCUCUGCUACCUCUGAAAAGGAUAAUGAUGAUGACCAAAGUGACAAGGGCACUUAUACCAUUGAGUUAGAGAAUCCCAACAGUGAGGAAGUGGAAGCAAGAAAAAUGAUUGACAAGGUGUUUGGAGUGGAUGACAGUCAGGAUUAUAACAGGCCUGUUAUCAAUGAGAAGCAGAAAGACCUGAUAAAAGACUGGGCUCUCGGUUCGGCCGCAGUGAUGAUGGAGGAGAGGAAACCGCUGGGCACGCCUGGCUUUCACAAUACGGAGGAAGGCACGGCUGCAUCUGGAAGCAAGCGCUGGGUUUCACAGUGGGCCAGUCUGGCUGCCAACCACACGAGGCAUGACCCAGAAGAAAGGACCAUGGAGUUGUCUGUCCCUGUUCCUUUAGAGAAUGAUGCAGAUUUCAGUGAGUCUGGCAUUUCCGUGAGAAGCAGCGGCUCCGCAGCCUCCCUGGCUGGCCAUGGAGAGAGGAGGCGGCGGACCCUGCCCCAGCUUCCCAACGAGGAAAAGGCUCUUGAGAGCUCCCGAGCCAAGGCCCUGACGCCGAGGUCGGAGAUCGGGGAGAAGCAGGACACGGAGCUCCAGGAGAAAGAGGCCCCGUCGCAGGUAUACCAGAAAGACAGGCAAGAUGCCGACCGAGCCCUGGGCAAGGUGAGCAGGGCGGUCAAUGGGGAGACCCUGAGAACCGGGGGAGAUCACAAAGCCCUCCUGCACUUGGGCCUCUCCUCUCCUGGGAAGGAGAGACAUGAAGCCGACAAGGAAGCUUCUUUGGUUAAGCAAACAUUAGCCAAAAUUCAGCACCCAGAGCCAACGGAACAGGCACAGUGGGCACCUACUAAAUUAGCUUCCAAAAAUGCGUCGGGUCCGGUAGAGAGAAGUAGGGAGGAAUCCCUUAGACAGGACUCACAGCCUCAUGAAAAAAUCCCGGGACAUUGUGCAAGCAAAGGAGAGAGGGCGAUGCCAAGUGAGGGCAAGCGCAGAAAAGCCGACGAGCUUCUGAAAGGCCACCCUCCCAAGGGAGGGGACAAGAAGGACUCCUCCAAGCCCUUAGUGCGACAAGGCAGCUUCACCAUCGAGAAGCCCAGCCCGAACGUCCCCAUCGAACUGAUCCCCCACAUCAACAAGCAGACGUCAGCGACACCCCCUCCCUUAGCGUUGGCAUCCGCCAGCAGGCUACGCGACAGGAGUGACUCUGUGGACGCCGACUCCAGUCUGGACACCACCCUCAUUCUGAAAGACACAGAAGCCGUCAUGGCUUUUCUGGAAGCGAAACUGCGAGAAGAUAAUAAAACUGAUGACGGCCCAGAGACCCCCAGUUACAAUAGAGACAACUCGAUCUCCCCGGAAUCGGAUGUGGACACAGCCAGUACCAUCAGCCUGGUCACUGGAGAGACAGAGAGGAAGUCAACCCAAAAGCGGAAGAGUUUCACCAGCCUCUACAAGGACAGGUGUUCCUCCGGGUCUCCGUCCAAGGACGCUGCCAAACCCUCUGGUGGUGCUAGGGAGAAGGGGGAGAAGAAAACAAAAAGCCGCUCCACGGAUGUCGGGUUGAGAGCAGAUGGGCGGAAAUUUGUCCAGUCCAGUGGGCGCAUGAGACAGCCUUCGGUAGACUUGACAGACGACGACCAGACCUCCAGCGUCCCUCAUUCUGCCAUCUCUGACAUUCUGUCAUCUGAUCAGGAAACUUACUCUUGUAAACCCCACGGGAGGACUCCACUUACCUCAACUGAUGAGCACGCACAUUCCAAGCUGGAGGGAAGCAAGGGGACCAAGUCCAAGACGUCCCCGGUGGCCCCCGGCUCGGCCAGUAAGUCCACCACCCUCCCCAGACCGCGGCCCACCAGGACUUCCCUCUUGCGCCGCGCACGGCUUGGGGAGGCUUCAGACAGUGAACUUGCCGAUGCCGACAAAGCCUCUGUUGCUUCUGAAGUGUCCACCACAAGUUCAACGUCCAAACCCCCCACGGGAAGGCGGAACAUCUCGAGGAUUGAUUUGUUGGCUCAGCCUCGGAGGACGAGGCUCGGCUCACUGUCCGCUCGCAGCGACUCGGAGGCGACCAUCUCCAGGGGUAGUGCCUCUUCAAGGACCGCAGAAGCCGUCAUUCGAAGUGGAGCCAGACUGGUCCCGUCGGAUAAAUUUUCUCCGAGAAUUCGAGCCAACAGCAUCUCGAGGCUCUCAGACUCCAAGGUCAAAAGUAUGACCUCAGCGCAUGGCUCACCUUCAGUAAAUUCAAGAUGGAGGCGCUUUCCCACUGAUUAUGCUUCCACCUCAGAAGAUGAAUUUGGAUCAAACCGUAACUCCCCUAAACAUACCCGUCUACGUACUUCUCCAGCCCUGAAAACCACGCGAUUGCAGAGCUCUGGGGCCGCCAUGCCUACGAGUUCUUCGUUCAAGCACCGGAUCAAAGAGCAGGAAGACUACAUUCGAGACUGGACUGCUCACCGAGAGGAGAUCGCCAGGAUCAGCCAAGACCUUGCUCUCAUUGCUCGGGAAAUCAACGACGUAGCCGGCGAGAUAGACUCGGUGACGUCCUCGGGCACUGCCCCUAGUACCACAGUAAGCACUGCCGCCACCACCCCUGGCUCUGCCAUAGACACUAGAGAAGAGGUAGGAGAGCCUCAUGGAGAAAUGCAUAAGUUGGUUGAUCGAGUUUUUGAUGAAAGCCUCAACUUCCGAAAGAUCCCGCCAUUGGUUAAUUCUAAAACACCGGAAGGGAACAACUGUCGGGCUAACGAUUCAAGGCCUCAACCGCCAGAGCCUCCUGAUCACUUAACAAUCACGAGGCGGAGGACCUGGAGCAGAGAUGAGGUCAUGGGAGAUAACUUGCUGCUCUCGUCCGUCUUCCAGUUCUCCAGGAAGAUCCGACAGUCCAUAGACAAAACAGCCGGGAAGAUCAGAAUAUUAUUUAAAGAUAAAGAUCGGAAUUGGGAUGAAAUAGAAAGCAAGCUAAGAGCUGAAAGUGAAGUUCCCAUUGUGAAAACCUCAAGCAUGGAGAUUUCUUCCAUCUUACAGGAGCUGAAAAGAGUUGAAAAACAGCUGCAAGCGAUCAAUGCAAUGAUUGACCCGGAUGGAACCCUGGAGGCUCUGAACAACAUGGGCUUUCCCAAUGCCCUCUUGCCGUCUCCCCCCAAACAGAAGUCCAGCCCCGUCAACAACCACAGCAGCCCGGGGCAGACCCCGUCCCUUUGCCCGGCCGACGCGAGGGUCCUUCAUCCUGCCGCCAUCUCGAGUUCAGCUGAGUUUGAGAACACGGAGUCGGAAGCUGACUUCAGCAUCCACUUCAACAGGUUCAACCCCGACGGGGAAGAGGAGGAGGUGCCGGCGCCGGAAUGACUCUCUGGGAAGCAGGCACCUGGGGAAAGACUAGGAACUUUGGAAGCAGCAUAGCGUUGACUUGCACAAAACAAGACAGCUUGGUCAAGUACAAUCUGGCUCUCUCUGGCUUUUUAAUUUUAUUUAUUUAUUUUCUCCUAUAAUGUGGCAUCAGAUCCAUCCUUUCAAACCGCCCGGGGAGCCACUCGGGGCACAUGUAGGAAAAAGCACAUCGUGCCAAUGUCACCUUUUGUGGUUUCAUGAUUUUCAAACUGAACUAUAUCAUUGCAUCCUCUCCCUUCACAGAUCUUUGUUUUUGGUGAGUUUUUUUUUAAGCCAUGCUGUGACCUACAAGCAACCUAAAUACCUACCAUUUCUGACCCCCGUGUCCUCUGUGCCAAGCUGCUCCCCAAAAUGGACUUUCUCUCCAUCUGUACAGAUUUGUUACACACUUAUAUUUGCUUCUUAAUAACAGGAUUUAUAUUAGCACUCAUGGCCAUUGGAUACAGUGACAUCUAACUGUCCACAGUCCAGCUGACCUUUCACAAGUCGUUCUUGUGUUCUGAAAUUUUCCAACAUGUAUGUGAUUUAUGUAACUCCGUAGCGACAUAAAUUGCCUUGGGGCUUACGGAGAUGAACUAUUAUGUUUGCACUAAGAUUCGCUGGGAGUGGUAGGUGGACAUAGCUAUAUAUCAGUCAGCACUAACCGCCUUUUGUACAUAGGAGACUGAUGAGACUAUUUGCUCUAACCCACAGCAUUUUACUCCACUUGCAAAGAGAUGAAUUUGGCACUUUUUUCAAUAUUCUUUGUUUUUUUUUUUAAUGGAAGUGAGAGUUUGUCUCUCAUUUUAGGGCAAAUGAUAAUUAGAAAGAUUAGACAGAUAGUUUAGGUGGAGUAUAUUUUUAAAACUAAGAACAUGUAUAUUGGUCCGGUGUUACCAAGUUUAUAUGUGACAGUUGGAAAAAAAAUCCCCUUGCAACGAUCAUGCAGUGAAAAUUUUCUUCAUUAGGAGACCUGGAGAAGCAGUAGCCAUGAGAUUAGUUGAUAGUUUCACCCCCAAGCAAUGAGUUGCUUGUGUGAUUCCCUGUAGGACCCCGUAGUGAACCCUGUGUGUCUGUCUUACUCAUUUAUAAGGACCCUGCAAAGCGACAUGACAAAGGCGUGGGCCUGUGUUACUAACCAGGAACCCUAUGAAAAAUAUCUCCUAUUAACCUCUUCCUUUCUCUUUCCAGUAAGGUCACGUUUGGGUAAGUUGAAAAAGAAAGCGGUUAUCUUCAUGUUUCCAGAACACUAUAAUUUGGGUGAAUCUAAUUCAUGUAUUAUUAGCAGACUUGGAGCUUCCCCUUGACCCCACCAGUCUAUAAAGAUUAAAGUGCAACCUUUGCAAAUGUAUGAAAUGGUCUUUAAUAUUUCAGCAAUAAUCCCGUGCUACAUUUGUUUUAAGAAACAAACUGUGUACACUUCAGAAGCUUACAGGAUUUGACAAAUCCUGUACCAUUGGGCCACUUAAUAAAGACGCAAAAAAAAAUUUUUUUUUUUUUUUGGUAGAGAUGUGCAAAAAAAAUCUGCAGUGUAAUGGAUCUCAUAUUUUUCUUCAAUUUUUUUUUAAAGGGUAAAUGAACUGUUCUCCUAAUGAAGCUAAGUUGCCCAUGCUAAUAAAGGAAACUGGAAAAAAAGGUUUUAAAGAACAUGAUUGGAAAGAUACAAGUGCUUUGAAGGAAUAAAAUGAAACAUUAAAACAGGGUCAGUCCAUUUGAAGAAAAAAAUUCAAACAUAAUCACCAUUGUUCCCUCUUUUUUCAAUUGUUUGGGUACCGAUCCUAUCCACUUGGAAGUAGCAGAUAAGGAGCUUAGGAAAAUAUCAGCGUCUGUCUACUUUCAUUAUUGUUUAAGUGUUUACACAGUUUUGUUUAAAGAUAAACAUUUGGCCUUUUACUAUGUUAUUUUUAUUUUUUAUGAAUACAUUAUUCUCCUUAUUUAUUUUUGUUACAUUUAUUACUUAUGUUAUUUUGUUAAUGCAUUUACAACUCCAUUUUUAAAUAAAGUGUUUCUGGAACUUUA